CCGGGGCUUCAGGCCCAAUAGGAACCUGUUUGGGCAUUGUUCGUUUUAAUUUCUGAAUAUUUUGUCAAUCAACCGUAAAAUAGCUCAACUUCCUCCGUGUUAAUCAUUUUUUGGUCGAAGGAUCCGAAGCUCUGAUUGAUUCAAGCGUCUCCUUCAUCAGCUCAGGUAUUGAAGCGUAAGCGCCCAUGGAUUACUCGGCUGCUCGAAGAAAUCAAGGAGGCCUCUAUGAAGGUCUCUACAGAUUGGUUAUGCGCCGCAACUCGGUUUAUGUUACCUUCAUCGUCGCCGGUGCUUUCCUUGGCGAGCGGGCUGUGGAUUAUGGAGUUCAUAAGCUGUGGGAGUACAACAAUCUUGGGAAACGAUAUGAAGACAUUUCAGUUUUGGGGCAAAGGCCGACGGAGGAAUGAAAAAUCUCCGCCAUUUUGAAGUUGCAUAGAUGGAUGGACAUGCGGUGACCUUAUCGAUGUUGGGGGCUAGCAAUUUUUGCUGUUUCAAUAAGCUUGUUUCGAUUUAACAGACUUGUUUCUCACGCAUUGUCUUGCUCAAAUGUGUCGUUGCAAUUUUUGAAUUUGUAUAUGAAUCAUUCGUCGCCAAUGAGUUGUCUUUAAACAUCUUAACCUGAGGUUGCUGCUCCAUUAUUUUAAUUGAUAUUUCUUCGUUUGCAUUCUGGUA